GAAGACAGUGAAAUAAUUUCAUGAUUUAAUAGGUUUUUUUGUAUUAUUAUGAUCUUGUUGAGUUAACUGCUUCCAUGGACACUACUGGACUAUUCUUCAAAACCCUGAUUAAACGGAUAUUUGUGGAUUUAUACAAGCUGGCUGAACUUUUGAACUACAAGAUAUAAAAAAAAUAAACCUUGAGGAACUGAGACUGAGGUAUUGUUCAAGACGCCUAAAUAUACUGCUGGAUGCUAGAUCGCUCAGAGUGCACGGUGUGACAAUGCCUGUGAUUGUACUAGAGGCCAGAGACUUCACCAGUCCCCUUUUCCUGGUGCGCACAUUGGAAGUCCUAACAACCUGCACAGCAUUCAGCCUUGUGGCCUCUGUGGAACAUAAUAACACAAUUUGGAACAGAACCUUUAGGAUCUUCUGUAUGUUCAUCUGGUGCUUCUUCUUCACCUUUACCCUGCUCAUCCACAUCCUGAGCAUCAUCCAGUUUCACAGUCUUAUCCGAGUAUCCUGGAAGAACCUAACUAUGACGGUGGCAGUGUUGGGGGCACUGAUGACUUUCAGUACAUCUGUGAUUUUCCCUUGGAUGGUGAUGGAUCAUAACGGGGAACUACCACGUCCUGUGGCGGCUGCAGUGGCCUCAGGUCUCACCUUCCUGGCCUACACCUCAGAGUCAAUUGUGCUCCGCACCCAAGCGCACGAGCAAAGAGGCUACAUGAGCACCAUGCCGGGUCUCCUCAAGAUCAUCCAGCUAUGGGGGGGCUGUAUGAUCAUACCUCCGGUUGUGGAGAUGGUCCAUGAACUCCGUAAUGGAGUAGAAUGGCAGCUUUCGGUCUCUGGUGUGUCAUAUGGUGUCUGCAUCCUCAUGUCUCUAAUUACACUGGUGGUUAUACUAGGUGACUUUGCUGGGCGAUGUCUUCUGCCUUUUGACAGAUUUUUGGCUGGCUUCUCCCUAAUUGGAGUACUGCUCUACAUGUUGGCCACAGUGAUUUGUUUUACCAAGAUACUGCAGCUGAAUGAAAACAAAAACGCCAUAACACAACAGCUGGUUAUUAUGGAAACCGUUAUAUCCAGUAUUACACUAUUAGCUUACACAGUGGAUCUCGCUUUCUCCAUCAAACUGUUGUGUGACAGGGGUCGUAUGUGAAGGUCCUCAUAUAUUGUGUGAAAAGUGUUCUGAAGGGUGUAAUAUGGGAAAAAUAACAUGUUGAAUGUAUGAUAAUUAUAAUUAACUUCCUA